AUGAGGUCGACGACGAUAUUUGCCCUAGCAGCGGGCAUAAUAUCUUUGCCGGCGGAAGCACGAAACAUACCGAGUGUUCUUGGGAAGCCAAAGGUCGUCAGCAUGUCCACGCAGAGGAAGCCCAUUUCAAAUCCAGUCAAUCGGGAUCGAUUACGGCGGAGAGGAACGAUACAGGCAGACUUGGACAAUGAGGAAACACUUUACUUCGUGAAUGGUACUGUAGGGACACCAGGACAGUCUGUGCGGAUGCAUCUGGACACGGGCAGCAGCGACCUCUGGCUGAAUACCGCCUCCUCGAAUCUCUGCUCACAAAAGUCGGAUCCGUGUUCCUUCGCAGGGACGUACACGGCAAACGACUCAUCGACUUACGAGUAUGUUGGGAGCUGGUUUAAUAUUUCUUAUGUUGAUGGCUCGGGGGCCAGUGGAGACUAUGUGUCGGACACGAUCACCAUCGACGGAUCGACAAUAGACCGGUUGCAAUUUGGAAUUGGCUACGAGAGCUCAUCCGGGCAGGGCAUUCUCGGCAUCGGCUACCCAGUUAACGAAGUGCAGGUCGGAAGGGCCCAGAUGGAUUCAUACGAGAACUUGCCGAUGAAGAUGGUCUCGUCUGGACAAAUUGCGACCAAUGCCUACAGCCUGUGGUUGAACGACCUGGACGCGAACGAGGGCAGCAUCUUAUUUGGGGGAGUCGACACGGCGAAAUACACUGGCAGCCUCCAGACGCUUCCAAUUCAGGCGGACAAUGGCGUUCAUUCCGAGUUUCUGAUUACCCUGACGUCAGUCCAGCUGGGCGAUACCGCCAUUGCCACCGACGAGGCUCUCGCCGUCUUACUCGAUUCCGGGUCUUCGCUCACAUACCUGCCUGACACGAUGGUGGAGAGUAUCUAUGAGCAAUUGAACGCCCAGUAUGACUCGAGCGAGGGCGCUGCUUACGUGCCGUGCUCGCUGGCCGCCAACACCACAACCCUGGAUUUCACGUUUUCCUCCCCCAACAUCUCAAUAGAGAUGAACGAACUUGUACUGGAUCUCGUCACCACGAGUGGCAGACGCCCAACUUUCCCCGACGGCGUCACGGCCUGCCUCUUUGGUAUCUCACCGGCGGGCUCAGGCACCAGCGUUCUCGGUGACACCUUCCUCCGAUCGGCAUAUGUCGUGUACGACAUCGACAACAAUGAGAUCUCACUUGCGCAAACGAACUUCAACUCGACGGAGUCGAAUGUUCAAGAGAUCGGCACUGGUUCCACAAUUCCGGAUGCCACUGCCGUCACCAACGCCGUGUCGGCUACGGAGGGCGUGGCGACUAGCAGUGGCAAUGGCGAAGCUGAACUAGGAGAGACUAAGAGUUCCGCGACGACGAUGGUCACAUCGGUAUCUGCAUUGUCCCUACUCGUAUCUUUCGGGUUUGCGACGUUUGUGACGAUGACUUGA